UCCGCGUCCUUGUUCCCCAUUUCGCCUGAGCCCCGAUGCCAAACUGACGAUUUGACCAAAAUAAGGGGAAAGUGGCGACGUUCGGUAUAAAAUUCCCGUUUCAGCGCCAAAACUACACCAUCAGCGCCCCCCGAUUAAAGCAGCAACGCAACCGGUGCCGCCAUGUUUGAUGACGCAGGUUCAACACCGCGGCGCAAACCCGUGACGUAAACACAUCCGUCGGUGCGCCCCCGAACACCCUGUACACUUUAGGACUCAGUGUACACUUGACCGAGGAGGGAGGGCAGAUUAGGUGACAAUACCAGAAAGUGGAUUCUUUUCAUUGGCUUUCACGGGCGUAUCGAUGCCAACAUGAGCUCGUUUGCCGGUCGAAUGAAGGAAUAUCCGAACAUUUCUCUGGAUUGCUUCGACCGUGACAAUUUGCACGCACGGGCCUACUUCUUGUCGCACUGUCACAAAGAUCACAUGAGAGGGAUUAAAGGUCCCAAACUGAAGCGAAGACUGCGCUCGAGCAGUCGAGUCAAACUGUACUGCUCGCCGGUGAGCAAAGAACUUCUGCUGAGCAGCCGCAAGCACCUCUUCUGGGAGCAGUACAUUGUUCCCUUGGAGCUGGAGAGCCCCACUCAGAUUUCGCUGGUGGACGAGGCGUCAGGAGAGAGCGAGGAGCUGGUGGUGACGCUGCUCCCUGCCGGACACUGUCCCGGAUCCGUCAUGUUCCUGUUUGAAGGCCGCCGUGGAAACGUGUUGUACACGGGAGACUUCAGGCUGGCCCUGGGAGACGUCGCCAGGAUGGAACAUCUGCAUUCGGGCGGCAGGGUGAAGGACAUCCAGAGCGUGUACGUGGACUCCACCUUCUUUGACCCGCGCUUCUACCAGAUUCCUUCCCGGGAGACGUGCGUGAGCGCUAUCGUGCGUCUGGUGGGCGACUGGAUCGCCCGCAGCGCCCUGCACGUGGUUUGGCUAAACUGCAAGGCGGCCUACGGCUACGAGUACUUGUUCACCAGGCUGGGCCAGGAGUUCAACACGCGGGUGCACGUGGACAACCUUCUGAUGUUCCGGAGGAUGCCGGAGAUCCUGAGCUACGUGACCUGCGAGCGCCGGACGCAGAUUCACGCCUGCCGACACCGGAAGAGUCAACAGUACGUCCACGGCAACCGGCUGCCGUGCGCCUGCGGCACUGGCGCCGACCUGCGUGUGCUCAGCAUCAAGCCGUCCACCAUGUGGUUCGGGGAGAGGACGCACGCCAGCGACGUGGUCAUCAAGUCGGGGAACGACGCCUUCCGAGCCUGCUUCAGCUUCCACUCGUCCUACUGCGAGGUCAAAGACUUUCUGUCCUACCUGCAGCCCGUGCAGGUCUUCCCCAACGUGGUCCCCAUGGGGAGCACCCUCGCCGAGGUCACACGCAUGCUCCGGAUGACGUGCAGGAAGCGGCCGCGGGAUGACUUGGCUUACAAACCGCUGGGCCUGCUCAAACGCCGCCGCCGCCUCGCCACACUGACAACGGCGCCGCCUGAUGCAGAUCCAGACAGCGACGACGACCUCUUUGAUGGCCUGGCGGCGGCUUUGCCGAAGAAGCUGCCACGGACGAGUCGGCAUCACCCCGACGAGCACAGAGCGCCCCGGGCCGCGCCCCAGGCCACGCCCCACACCGCGCCCCACGCCACCCCCGAGGAAAACUCACUGUGGCUCGUCGCACGCGACCGCAGCGACAUCAACAACUUCAUGGACUGCACCGAGUCCAACGACGAUGACGACAGCGAGGAGGACGAGCAAAGCGACCGAGACCAGACUAAAUGGCUGGGUCAAAGGGGAAGCCCCUGCGGCGAGCCGCCCAAAUGGGAGGACUUCUUCACCGUGGACAGCCAGAACAACCUCAACGGCCAACGGCAGGCCCGUCGCCCCUUUAGCCCCGCACUCUCCGGGCCGUCGAGCGAGCGGGAAGACGACGACGACGACGUCGCCGACUUCUCUCUCUCGCUGUCCGCCUCCGAUCAUUCUUGGCAGAAGCGCGACGCUUCGGAAGCGGACGAGCCGCCUCCCUCCUCGCAGUCCUCGUCCGAUUUUGACGUGGCAUGCACGCCCGACUCCAAAAGGCCCACGCCCGAGCAGCUGGCGCGCCUCUACAGGAAGUUGGCCGACGGAGACGACCUUUCUUGUCCUGACUGAAUCCAAAAGACGGCUGGCUGGCUGGCUGGCUGGCUUCCCACUUUAGUGCCACAGAAUAAAGCUUUUUCUUCUUUCUUUCUUUCUUUUUUCUUUCUUUCUCUUUCUUUCUUUCACUGAACCAACACGUGCUUGUUGGAAAAGAAAUAAAUGCCACAAACAACAUA